AUGGUCGGUUGUCUCACAAAUAGACGUUAUAUCCGUAUUCUCUUCAUCUGGAAUACCGAAUACAAGACUGCAGUGAUAGAAAACCGUGAAGAGCUCCAACAACAGCAACAACUACUUUUCGAAUACUGCGCCCAAAUGCGUUUAUUGAACGUGAUCAGUAUUUACAGAGACUACGUGGACGACGGACACUUCUAUACUUUCAGCUAUUUUCCUCAGUUUCAUUUAGAACGCAAAACACUGGAUGAAGAUUGCUUUCCCGAUCGCAUCAGAGACUUGAAAGGUUUUGCCAUUCGCACUGUAGUCAAUGAAGUCGAACCAUGGGCAAUUCUGUGGCGUGAUCGGUAUGGACAAGUGCAGAUCGGCGGAUUUCUCACAAAACUUCUACGAGAGUUUGCUAAGCAAAACAACGGUACGCUCUCUUAUCCGAAACCAGUGAACCCGGACAAUUUAGUCAAUAUUUAUGUUUGGGGACCAUUAAUAAAUAAUGAUACCAUCGACAUGGUGACUGGAAUUUUGUCUUCGGACAUAAAAUCAGCUGGCGUUGAAGUAUCGACACCAUUGAUGCCAAUAGAUUGGACUAUUAUGGUACCUUUGCCUCCCCUAGUACCCGACAGCGAAGUACUUUUAUUUCUGCUCAAUUCUGUGUUGGGACUAUUUCUCCUGUUACUACUCCUCAUCUUCUCAUUCGUUCUUACCUUGGAAAGUUUACUUUGGCGGCGACGUUCUCCAACAAGCAGUUUACGUUUCUUCAUUUGGAUAUUCACCAAUGUUGUGCUCCGUAAUAUAAUUGGACAGUCCUCGUGCUCGGUCGUUCACCUGAAGGCGAAAUUCACGAAACGUUUUAUAUAUAUUUGUCUGUUGCUCAGUGGCAUUUUCAUGAGCACAUUUAUUGCAGCUUUUCUUAAAUCGUAUAUAACCAGCAAUCCACAUAAGUACUCCCGUGCAGAAACUUUCGACGAACUUUACCAUUUAGGAAUAAAAAUUAAAGUAAAUCAUUAUGUUUAUGAUUCUCUACAUUUCUAUAUCGAUCCACAAGUCGUAGAGAAAAAUUUCUUACUUGAUUCAAUUAGUGAAGCGCAGCGCCAACGUGCAUCCUUAGAUCCGCGAUUUGGUUACUCUGUAAUCAGUCCAUUUUGGUCGGUGUUGUCAAGACAUCAAUCGUAUUUACCGCGACCACUUUUCUACGUGAGCGAACAGAUGUAUUUAAGAAAAACACUUCCAGUAGCGAUACCAUUACAGGAACACUCAAUAUUUAAGGAAGCGCUCAACAAUAUGAUUCACCAGGUAAAUAGCGGUGGAUUAUCUGAUUUAUGGAUACGUCAGCCCUAUGAUGAUAUGAGGGCGGCGAAGAAAAUUAAUAUGACUGAAGGGGAGCCCGCGAAAUUUAAACCGCUCUCUUUGGAGGAUUUGUAUUGCCUGUGGUGGAUGUAUGGGCUUGGCGUGAGUUUAUCUCUUUUGGCAUUUUGCGCGGAGCUGUUCUAUUACAAAAGAACGACGAAGGAGUCAGUAGCCGAGGAAAAGAAUUUAGAUAGGAGGAUUCGGAUAAGUUGGGAGUGA